UAUUUCGAUCGACAAGGACCGACAGAGAAGAAUGGAGAUUUCGCAUUUCAGCCACGAGCAUCCGCUGACCCUCUGCACGGCAGAGGAUGCUGGCGAGCCAUGCAACGGAUGCUCGAGACCCAUCUUCGAUCUCGGUUACGUUUGCUACGACUGUGGCUUCCUCCUCCACAAGAAGUGCGCCAAGUUGCCUCGUAAAGCCCACCACCGCCUUCAUCCCAAACACCCUCUCACCCUCCUCUUCAAUUCUUCGGAAACAUUCCAGUGCAACGUCUGCAAGAAAACUGGCUCCGGGUUUGCCUUCCGAUGCUGCGAGUGCCAGUACGUCAUGGACGUGACCUGUUUCUUAAAGCAUCAGCCUUAUCUUGAUCCCUUUCCACUAGAAGGGAAAACAAGGAAGCUACAGCAUUUCAGCCACCAGAAGGAACAUCCUUUCCACCCGUCGCACUCCCUCACACUCUUUACAAAAUCCCUUAUCCUUCUGGGCGAGUAUUGUGUAAUGCUCUGUGGGAAGGUCGUCAGUGGUUUUGUGUACCACUGCGACAAAUGUUCAUUCGACCUCGACUCGACUUUCUUUGAAGAAUUGAACAUUCAAGUUCCGUGUAAUUCCUGCUGCAAACCGUGCAGCAACGAUCUUUACCGAUGCGUUACCUGCAACUUUAAUGUGCACUCCACUUGUCUUCCUUUUCCAAGAACCGUUAAGCACAUACACCAUUGCCAUUCUCUUAUACUCAAAGACUCCACUCUCGAGGAGGAUCCGAGUGGGAUUCUCUGCGCAACAUGCAAGAAGAAGAUAAGCCCAACGGCCCGGGCUUAUUACUGUGCAGAAUGCAGCUAUGGAGUUCAUCUUGAACGUGUGGUCUCCGAGGAGCAGUCGGAUCAAGGGAAACUCCUACAAGACAUUGCAAGGGUUCGAGAAGAGCUAGACGCAAUUGCCGCUCAGCUGAAACGGGACAAAAAAUCAGGAUCAACGAAGAUACAGGCAUGAGCAGGAAAACAGUCCGACAUAACACAACAGCAACCUGAGCUAAGAAAAAAUUGAAAUACCCACCAAUAAGGGAAAGUGAGAUCCUAUAAUCUUCGCUCUGUCGAAACCAUCAUGCCUGAAGCCUAGUGCCACUUGCUGGAGUCAGGUUAGAUAUUUAGGACUCAGUACUUGUGUUAUGCAUCUAGAUGUAUUGCUAUAAUGUAAAAAGCCUAUCCACAUGUGCAAAGGAAAGAUUGUCAUGCUCCUAAAUUAUCGAUAAAUGAUGCUACUCAUA